UGUUGGUCUCAGUGCCGGGCUUCAUGGGUUGCUGCGACAGCCGCCAACGGCCCGCACCGCCCACGCGAAGGAAUAGAUAUAUCGAGAUCGCGGCUCUUAUUACCGAUCCGGUGAGGGGUCCUACGACGGAGGACAUCAAUUUCAUUGAAACCUGCUCACCGAGGGCGCUGGAGCCCACAGACAAGGAUGCGACCAACUUGCCGCUCUUGGUUCUGGCCAAAGACCACGACGAAUGGUUCAGGCAGUAGAGACAGAGUCAAAGACAGGGACGGAGACAGAGACAGAGCGAGAGAGCAGUUCUUUUGCGUCAUACAUGUACUGUAGGGGUGAAGGUGUAGCCGUUCUUGGUUCUUGGACAGUUGCGGUGAGGUGCCGGAGGUGAGCCCUGAAUAUUUCUUGGUCGAUCAGUACCUGUAUAUGACAAAGGCACGCACAAAAGAAAAUCCCAGGAAACAUGGUACAUUGGGCCCGGGCGUGCUGUCUCUAAUAUGUAACACACCGUGUUGAAUGCUUGUAGUAA